CCCCCUCCAGUGAAUAAAGGCAGAGGCGGACAGUCCGGUGGGGGUGCGGAGCCUCGUAACUCGCUGAAAAAUAACUUUAAAAGACUUUAGUUGGAAUGGAAAUGAACGAAUCUGAUUUUUAAUCUUUAUUUUUUUUAACCGUCGGAACACAAUGUGGAGCCACUGGGUUCUUGCUCUUGUAAUCUGUCUCAUGGAAAAGGAGUGUGUUUGGGGCUGUUUGAUUAAUGGACGGUGGGCAUUCUGUGUCGGCGAAUCACUGUAUCACAUUCCACUGUUGCCCGCCACCGUUACUGCAGUCGAUCUGAGUGUGAAUUAUAUAAGCGAACUCAAUGAAACAUCCCUGCUUGGAUUGGAAGGGCUUGAAAGACUGCACAUUGGGUCACAGAAGACAAACAUACUUAAAGUUAGGGCAGGUACUUUUAGAAGAUUGUCCAGUUUGAAAUUUCUCGAUUUAGGAGACAACAAGCUGCUUGUUCUUGAACCUCAUGCUUUUAUGGGAUUGUCGCAACUCCAGUACUUGGAUUUAAUGCACAAUGGUCUAAAUGAGUCCAUUUUAGAAGAUGAGUACCUUCAGCCAUUGCUAUCCUUAGAAUCACUCAACCUCUUUGGAAAUGAAAUACAUAAAAUCCAACCCGGUCUGUUUUUCCAAAAUAUGAGGAAACUGAAAAUAGUAGAUCUAUCUUUGAACAGGGUCGGUAGCAUCUGUGAACAGGAUUUACGUGGAUUUCAAGACAAACACUUUCAGUUGCUUAAACUGUCAAGCCUGCAGCUGAAUGACGUGAGUCUGCCCAAUUUUGAUUGGAGGAGAUGUGGGAACCCAUUGCGAAGCAUGUCUUUCACUGAGUUGGACUUCUCAUCAAAUGGAAUGGCUGUUGAAAAUGCACGUUUAUUUUUUAGCGCUAUUGCAGGCACUAAAAUUGAUAAUCUCAUUCUUUCCUCAAAUACCAUGGGCAGGUCUUUCGGAUAUCAGAAUUUCAAUGAUCCAAACAAUGAAACAUUUUCAGGACUUAAUGAAAGCUCUGUUAAGAGCUUGGAUUUAUCUAGAAAUUCAAUUUUUUCCCUGGAAUUUUCAGUAUUUCAUGCUUUUGGAGAGGCUGAGAGGAUCACGUUUGCCAAUAAUAAAAUUAACCAGAUUCAAAGAGAUGCAUUUCUUGGACUUGAAAAUUUACAGCACCUCAACCUCUCUUACAACCUGAUGGGUGAGAUCUACGACUAUACAUUUGACAAUCUGCCUGGUCUUAUUCAAUUGGAUUUAUCAUACAACCAUAUUGGUGCAUUUGCAUACAAAUCGUUUAAAGGGCUGGUCAGCUUGCGUAUCUUAAAUCUCACGGGAAACAUGGUUGAUACUCUCUUCAUACUUGCACCAAUCUCUAGCCUGCAGUUCAUUAGUUUAGCCGAUAAUAAAUUAACAUCCUUAUAUGGUCUUUCUGAUUUCUCCAAAAAUUCCUUAGUAAUAGACUUGGAACAAAACCGACUGAGGAGACUGAGUGAUUUGUAUUCCAUCCUUAACACAAUUCCUUAUGUUCAGAUUGUCCUGUUGGGUUCCAACAUGCUGUCAUCAUGUAACCCCGAGCAGCCGAUGCAGACGGAAAAUAAUUUGCUGUUCCUUGACCUUCAGAACAAUGCAUUACAGACUAUUUGGGAACAAGGUACCUGCAUAGAUGUCUUUCACACUUUUGAUAAGCUUUUAUAUCUCUACUUAAACCACAAUUUACUCCGAUCUCUCCCAAGCAGAGUUUUCGAAGGACUGACCUCCUUGCGGGUGAUGAACCUGUCUUUCAACCUCUUAACAUACCUCCCGCAGAACGCGUUUCCAAAAAACCUAAAGUCCCUCGAUCUCUCCCACAAUAUCCUGAGCUCUCCUGACCCACGCAGCUUCCAGUCCGUCAUUUUUCUCGACCUCGGUAUGAAUCGGUUUAUCUGUGACUGCAAUUUGGUGGACUUCUUAAUGUGGAUAAAUCACACAAAUGUGACAUUUCUGAGUCCUAAGGAAAAACUGAUAUGUGAAUAUCCCAAAGAAUUAUUGGGAUAUAGCAUCGUUGACUUAAACGCAGAUUCAUGUGAGGAUGAUGAGGAAGAGAGGAUGUCAGAAAUAAGGUUUUGCUUAUUUGUGGGAUUCUGUACAGUUCUGAUAUCCUCCAUCAUGUCAACUAUCAUAUACACUCAUUGCCGUGGCGAGCUCUUCGCUGUCUUCAAGAAGGUGACAACCAGGGUUCUGGAGGGCCGUCAGAAGACCCCAGCACAGGAUGGGUCCAAGUACGACGUCUAUCUAUGCUUCAGCAACAAUGACUUCAAGUGGGUGGAGACUGCGCUACUGAAGACGCUCGAUUCUCAGUUUUCAGAUCGCAAUCCCUUUCGCUGUUGUUUUGAAGCCCGAGAUUUUAUUCCGGGAGAAGAUUACAUAUCGAGCAUACGAGACGCGAUCUGGUACAGCAAGAAGACAGUCUGCGUUGUGUCUAAGGAAUUCCUGAAGGACGGCUGGUGCAUAGAGGCUUUUAAACUGGCUGAAAGCCGAAUGCUGCAGGAGCUGAGGGACGUUCUAAUAAUGAUCAUCGUUGGAAGCAUCCCGCCAUUCAAGUUAAUGAAACACGAGACCAUUAGGACGUUUAUCCAAAAAAAGGUGUAUUUAGAAUGGCCUGAAGAUAUCCAAGACAUCGAAUGGUUUUACGAUAAGCUAAUAGCAAGGAUUUUAAAAGAGGAAAAGGUGAAGAGGACCAACACUGCUGAAUUUCAGAAUAUCAGCUUUAUUCGAGUGUGAUUUGUUUGUAGAUUGAGAUUUGAUGCUGUCAGACCUUUAUUUUGCUUUUACACACUCAUGUCCCCUCUGCCUACAUGCUUUUUUGUGUUUCCUGAAUGACAGCUGUACAGUGAAAUUUCCAUCACUGACAUUUUUCUGCACAGUGUCUCUCCCUAAAAUUAAAUUUCAAGUCUUUGGCUCAGAUUAAGUUAGUUACAGCAGCAGCGUUUUUGUACAGACUGUUAUACAUAACAUGUUUUCAAGACUUGUACACCGAUCAGCCAUAACAAUAAAACCACUGGGUGCCAUUAUACGUUAGUCAAGUGAACAUUCAGUUCUUGAAGAUUAUGUGUUGAAAAGCAGGGAAAAUGGGCAAGUAUAAGGAUCUGAGCUUUUACAAGAAAUUGUGAUGGAUAGAUGACUGGGUCAAGGCAUCUCCACGUGGAUGUUACAUGGUACAUGGUACGUGUCAGAGUACCUUAACACUGCUGCAGACCAAGUACAGCCCUUCAUGGCAAUGGUAUUCCCCAAUGGAAGUGGCCUCUAUCAGCAGGGUAAUGCACCCUGCCACGCUGAAAAUGCUGUGCAGUAAUGGUUUGAGGAUCAUGGAAAAGACUUCAAGGUGUUGACCUGGCCAUCAAAUUCUCCAGAUCUUAGUCCAAACAAACAUCUGUGGGAUGUGCUGGACAAACAAGUCCGAUCCAUGGAGGCCCCACCUCACAACAGGACCAAAGGAUCUGCUGGUAACGUCUUGGUGCCAGAUUCCACAGGACACCUUCAGAGGUCUGCUGGAGUCCAUGGCCAGAUGGAUCAGAGCUGUUUUGGCAUCAGCCAACCAACACAAUGUUAGGCAGGUAGUUUUAAUAUUAGGGCUGAUUGAUGUGUAUUUUAUAAUGUGUAGCACGGCAGACUAUCCCGAAAGCCGGCGGUCGGACUGUGAAGGAACCGGCGGCUUUGGAACAAUGUUGCAUCACACACAAAUGUUAAAUGAUAUCUACAAGCCAUGUUAUUACUUAUGAUGGGUGCAUCUAUUAUUAAAUAU